AUGGCGUCGCAACCCGAGCCUACCUCACCCCGCACUACUCGUGCGAGCGACAUUGCAGCUCCUCUAAGCCCUUCAAGCGGAGGUGCCUCUUCAUAUCAAUCGGCAAACAACCUGCUGCCCCUGCCGGUGAUGCCUGCUGCUGGCAAUGGCGCCCUGAUUCCUCCCGCGUCGUCCCCCAUUGUGGGAAGCUCCGACAAGCAGCUGGCCCUGGAGCUCGAGGAUGGAACUGUUUACCAAGGUUACAGUUUUGGUGCUGAGAAGAGUGUUGCCGGUGAAUUGGUCUUCCAAACUGGAAUGGUAGGCUACCCGGAGUCGAUUACAGACCCCUCCUACCGUGGACAAAUUCUAGUGAUCACUUUCCCGCUGGUGGGCAAUUAUGGUGUGCCGUCACGGGAGGCCAUGGAUGAAGUCCUCAAAGAGCUCCCUAAGCACUUCGAGUCAUCUCAAAUCCAUAUUGCUGCUUUGGUUGUAGCCACCUACGCAGGUGAAGGGUAUUCACACUUCCUGGCGCAGUCAUCGCUUGGUCAAUGGCUCAAGGAACAGGGUGUUCCGGCCAUCUAUGGUGUUGAUACUCGUGCCUUGACCAAGCGGAUCCGAGAGGAAGGAAGCAUGCUCGGUCGGUUGCUGCUCGAGUCUUCCAAUAGGACGGAGAGCAAUGGGAUCAUCCCCUCGACUGAAUGGAGACAACAUUUCGAACAUAUUGAUUGGGUUGAUCCAAACAAGAAGAACCUUGUUGCAGAAGUCUCUAUCCGAGAACCUCGUCUCUUCACUCCUCCGCAAAACGUUGCAUUAAAGCACCCCUCCGGCCGUCCAGUUCGUGUAUUGUGCCUAGAUGUCGGCAUGAAGUACAAUCAACUUCGUUGCCUCCUGUCUCGAGGUGUUGAAGUCCUGGUUAUUCCUUGGGAUUAUGACUUUCACAAUCUUGCGGGACGAGAGUACGAUGGGCUUUUCAUCUCGAACGGUCCCGGUGACCCUGCCACGAUUGCUGCCACUGUCAAAAACAUCACUAAAACUGUCCAGGAAGGACAUCAAUUGCUCGCUCGGGCAGUUGGUGCAAACACGAUGAAAAUGAAGUUUGGUAACCGCGGCCACAACAUUCCUUGCACUAGCAUGGUCACUGGAAAGUGUCACAUCACGUCUCAGAACCAUGGUUUUGCUGUUGACGCUUCCACUCUUCCAGAGGGAUGGCAAGAGCUUUUCGUCAACGCCAAUGACGGCAGCAAUGAAGGUAUCCGGCAUACCAGUCGGCCAUAUUUCAGUGUGCAAUUCCACCCGGAAAGCACUCCCGGUCCUCGGGACACAGAGUUUCUAUUCGAUGUGUUCAUUAACUCUAUCAAGACGGUUUUGGCUUCACCUGAAGCUUUGAACAAGCCUGUUGCUUUCCCCGGCGGUACCAUCGAGGAAAACGAGAAGAAGGCGCCUCGCGUGUCUGUCAGGAAAGUUCUCGUUCUUGGCAGCGGAGGCUUGAGUAUUGGCCAGGCUGGAGAAUUUGAUUAUUCUGGUAGUCAAGCCAUCAAAGCGUUGAAACAAGAAGGGAUCUACACCAUAUUGAUCAACCCCAAUAUCGCCACAAUUCAGACUUCUAAGGGUCUGGCUGACAAAGUCUACUUCCUCCCUGUGAAUGCCGACUUUGUGCGUAAAGUCAUCAAGCACGAGCGUCCAGAUGCCAUCUAUGUCACAUUUGGUGGUCAAACGGCAUUGCAAGUCGGUAUUCAAUUGAAGGAUGAGUUCGAAGCACUUGGUGUUAAAGUUCUGGGUACUCCUAUCGAUACGAUCAUCACCACAGAAGAUCGUGAGCUGUUUGCUCGAAGCAUGGAAUCUAUCGGCGAGAAAUGUGCCAAAUCUGCUUCUGCUUCUAGCAUCGAAGAGGCUAUGCGAGUCGUCGAGGACAUUGGAUUCCCCGUCAUUGUUCGCGCGGCAUAUGCCCUUGGUGGUCUAGGAAGCGGUUUUGCCGAUAAUUCUGACCAGCUGCGAGGACUCUGCACAAAGGCCUUUGCUGCCAGCCCGCAGGUUCUCAUCGAGAGGAGUAUGAAAGGCUGGAAGGAGAUUGAAUACGAGGUUGUCCGAGAUGCCCGUGACAAUUGUAUCACUGUCUGUAACAUGGAGAAUUUCGACCCGCUGGGUAUUCACACUGGUGACUCCAUCGUCGUCGCUCCAUCGCAGACCCUUUCAGAUGAGGACUACAACAUGCUCCGGACCACCGCUGUCAAUGUCAUCCGUCAUCUAGGAGUUGUUGGUGAGUGCAAUAUUCAAUAUGCUCUCAACCCAUUUUCAAAGGAAUACUGUAUCAUCGAGGUGAACGCGCGUCUAUCUCGUUCUUCGGCUCUUGCCUCGAAAGCGACUGGUUAUCCUCUUGCUUUCAUUGCAGCCAAGCUUGGUCUCGGUAUUCCAUUGAAUGAGAUCUCCAAUUCGGUCACCAAGGUCACUUGUGCAUGCUUCGAGCCGUCGCUGGAUUAUGUUGUUGUCAAGAUUCCCCGCUGGGACCUGAAGAAAUUCACCCGUGUUUCCACCCAGUUGGGUUCAUCCAUGAAGAGUGUGGGUGAAGUUAUGAGCAUCGGUCGGACAUUCGAAGAGGCAAUCCAAAAGGCCAUUCGCUCUGUCGACUUCCAUAACUUGGGUUUCAAUGAGACAAAUGCCUUGAUGUCAAUUGACACUGAGCUUCAGACGCCGUCCGAUCAGCGUCUGUUUGCCAUUGCAAAUGCUAUGCAUAAUGGGUACUCUGUCGAUGACAUCUGGAAGUUGACUCAGAUUGAUAAGUGGUUCCUGCGCAAACUCAAGAGCCUGAGCGAUUUUGGCAAAAUGCUCACCAACGAUUUCAAUGCCACCAACGUUCCAAUCAAUCUGAUCCGCCAGGCUAAGCAACUUGGUUUCUCUGACCGUCAACUUGCCAAGUUUCUGAGCUCCAAUGAACUAGCUAUCAGGCGCAUGCGUGUAGAGGCCGGUAUCAUUCCUGUUGUUAAACAAAUCGACACAGUCGCAGCAGAAUUUCCUGCUUUUACCAACUACCUUUACCUUACCUUUAACGGCUCAGAACAUGAUAUUAAAUUUGAUGAUCAUGGUGUCAUGGUGCUCGGCUCUGGUGUCUACCGUAUUGGUUCUUCCGUGGAAUUCGAUUGGUGCUCUGUUAGAACCAUUCGUACCCUCAGGGAGCAGGGACACAAGACCGUUAUGGUCAAUUACAACCCAGAGACAGUGAGCACUGACUAUGACGAGGCAGACAGGCUCUACUUUGAGAAUAUCAAUUUAGAGACAGUUCUGGAUAUCUACCAGCUAGAGGCGUCUAGCGGUGUUAUUAUGUCCAUGGGUGGUCAAACUCCCAAUAAUAUUGCUUUGCCUCUGCACCGUUUGAACGUUAAGAUUCUAGGAACUUCUCCAGAGAUGAUUGACGGUGCUGAGAACCGAUACAAAUUUUCUCGAAUGCUUGACCGUAUUGGAGUGGACCAGCCCGCCUGGAAGGAAUUGACUAGCAUUGAGGAAGCUACUGUCUUUUGUGACAAAGUCAACUACCCAGUGCUAGUCCGGCCGUCCUAUGUUCUCUCAGGAGCUGCUAUGAACACCGUUUAUUCUAAGGACGAUCUGGCGAACUACCUGAAGCAAGCUGCUGAGGUCUCUCGCGAACACCCCGUCGUUAUUACCAAGUACAUUGAAAAUGCGAAGGAAAUUGAGAUGGAUGCUGUGGCUCGUAACGGUGUCAUGGUCGGACACUUCAUUUCGGAACACGUGGAGAAUGCCGGUGUCCAUUCUGGAGAUGCUACUCUCAUCCUACCUCCACAAGAUCUAGACCCUGAAACUGUUCGACGCAUUGAGGAUGCUACUCAAAAGAUCGGAAAUGCGCUCAAUGUCACUGGUCCAUUCAAUAUUCAAUUCAUCGCUAAGGAUAAUGAUAUCAAGGUCAUCGAGUGCAACGUUCGCGCUUCUCGCUCUUUCCCGUUCGUUUCCAAGGUCAUGGGCGUCGACUUGAUUGAAAUGGCAACCAAGGCUAUGCUUGGAAUACCAUUCCAAGAAUACCCUCCAACCAGCAUUCCUAAGGACUACGUUGGUGUCAAGGUUCCUCAGUUCUCUUUCUCUCGUCUUUCUGGAGCAGACCCUGUGCUGGGUGUUGAGAUGGCUUCAACUGGUGAAGUCGCUUGUUUCGGCCGUGAUCGAGCUGAGGCUUAUCUCAAGGCUCUCAUUUCGACUGGCUUCCGUCUUCCGAAGAAGAACAUCCUGCUUUCUAUCGGUUCUUUCAAGGAAAAGUUGGAGAUGCUGCCUUCCAUUCAGAAGUUGCACAAGAUGGGCUACAAUCUCUUUGCUACUGCCGGUACCGCUGAUUAUAUCAAGGAGCACGGUAUUCCAGUCAAGUACUUGGAGCUUCUCGCAGGACAGGAGGAAGAAGAUCUUAAGUCUGAAUACUCUCUUACACAACAUCUUGCCAACAAUCUGAUUGAUUUGUACAUCAAUCUGCCGUCAAGCAACAGAUAUCGCCGCCCAGCUAACUACAUGAGCAAGGGUUACAGAACUAGGCGUAUGGCUGUUGACUACCAAACUCCUUUGGUCACCAAUGUCAAAAACGCAAAGAUUUUGAUCGAGGCACUUGCACGGCAGUAUGAACUUGAGGUUCUUACCAUUGACCACCAGACCAGUCAUCGUACUAUGGUACUGCCUGGUCUCAUCAACACCGCCUCUUUCGUUCCAGGAAUUGUUACCCCAGGCUCGACAGACUUCGAAGUGGUCACCAAGGCCUCUGUUGCAGCUGGCUUCACUAUGAUUCGCGUUAUGCCAGUUGGAGUGGACGCCUCAGUGACGGAUGCCGUUGCCUUGAAGGCGGCCCAGCAGAACUCCAAGACUAGAACCUACUGCGAUUUCAACCUUUCUGUGGCCGCCACGGCUAACAAUUCGGAGCAAGUCGGCCAGGUGACCAAUGACGUGGGAGCUCUCUUUAUUCCUUUCAAUCAUCUUUCUGGCAACAUCAACAAGGUAGCCGCUGUAACCAGCCAUUUCGGGGCCUGGCCAGCCAGCAAACCAAUGAUUACGGAUGCCAGGGCUACUGAUCUUGCUUCAAUCCUUCUCUUGGCCAGCUUGCACAACCGCAAUGUCCAUGUUCUGAAUGUAUCAUCAAAGGAAGACAUCAACUUGAUUGCUCUCAGCAAGGAGAAGGGGCUCAAGGUCACUUGUGAUGUUUCGAUUUACAGUCUUUUCCUCACCCAGAAAGAUUACCCAGAAUGCACUGGCUUACCUACAGUUGAGGAUCAAAAUGCUCUUUGGGAAUACUUGAGCACCAUUGAUGUUUUCUCCAUUGGCACCAUUCCCUACCAGCUAGCUGGAAAGGAAGCUAGCCCUGCGGUUGGUAUUGCUGAUGCAUUACCUCUGCUGCUUACAGCGGCUUCUCAGAACAAGUUGACCAUCAAUGAUAUCACUACUCGACUUUAUGACAACCCGAAGAAGAUUUUCGAGUUGCAUGACCAGCCUGACGCUUUGAUUGAAGUCGAAGUUGACCGUCCCUACAUCUUCAACAGUGGUGAUGUCUGGUCGCCUUUCAAUGGAAAACUAAUGACGGGCGCUGUCCACCGGGUUGUUUUUAAGAACAGGACUUCCUGUCUUGAUGGUGACAUUCAAGUCGAGGCAGCAGAAGGUGCAGACAUGUCCUCACACCGCAUUGCGCCACAGUCACCUUCUGUGAGAGCCUUCUCUCCACGUGUGCAACCGAAACUUGACACUUCCAUCGAGCGGCGCUUCUCGACCAGCACUCCUGUUCGGCCUUCCCGCCCAAGGGUAGCUGACUCGGUUCCUAAUAUUCCUGAGCUUGGACCUCCGCUCUUCUCCCCCUCUUCUCAAACUUCGACAUCCCUACGGGACCUUCUCUCACGCUCCAACUUCAAACAGAAGCAUGUCAUUUCCGUCAACCAAUUCAACCGUGCAGAUCUUCAUCUGCUUUUCACUGUUGCACAGGAGAUGCGUCUUGGUGUUGAGCGACAGGGUGUCCUUGAUAUUCUCAAGGGCCGUGUUUUGUGCACGUUGUUCUACGAGCCUUCCACGCGCACUUCGGCCUCUUUCGAUGCCGCCAUGCAACGGCUCGGUGGUCGCACAGUUGUGAUCUCCACGGAGCAUUCCUCAACAAAGAAGGGAGAGACGCUUCAGGAUACCAUCCGUACCUUGGGUUGCUACGGAGAUGCCGUCGUCCUGCGUCACCCAGAUCAGAGCAGUGCUCAUACCGCGGCAAAGUUUUCUUCAGUCCCUGUCAUUAAUGGUGGCAAUGGAAGCCUUGAACAUCCAACUCAGGCGUUCCUCGACCUUUUCACCAUUAGGGAAGAACUAGGUACCGUCACUGGUUUGACCGUCACUUUUACCGGAGAUCUGAGGUAUGGCCGUACGGUGCAUUCCUUGAUCAAACUUCUCCAGUUCUAUGAUGUGCGGAUUCAGUUGGUGGCCCCCAAGGCUUUAUCACUGCCAGAUGAUGUGCGCAAGCUAGUUGUGUCCUCUGGUCAGCUAAUCCGCGAGUCCGAGGAGCUCACUCCGGAGAUUGUUGCCCAGUCCGAUGUGUUGUACUGCACUCGGGUCCAGAAAGAGCGCUUCGCCGACCUUGCUGAAUACGAAAGACUUAAGAACACUUUCAUCGUUGACAACUCGGUCCUGAAACAUGCCAAGAGCCAUAUGGUUGUCAUGCACCCAUUACCGAGAAACGCAGAAAUUGGGGAGGAGGUUGACUUUGACCAGAGAGCGGCAUACUUUAGACAGAUGCGCUAUGGUCUUUAUUGCCGCAUGGCAUUGCUGGCUCUCAUUCUGGCACCUUAA